AUGAAACCAAUAAAUUUAAUAAUUUUAUUGAUAUUGGUCGGGAAAGGAUAUGGACUGGUUCCAGUGUACGGGAGACAAUUAGUUGGGAAUUGGUCUCGUUUUCAGCGUGCCAUUCAUGAAGAAUUUGCGGUCUCUCUCAAACAGAUGGAAAUGAUUGCUCAUAUUGCUAACGGUAUUUACCUUCAACAAGGACUGAUGAAAGGAGCCAUUCCACCCGCUGAACUGAUUUCCGAGAUUUUAAAUUUGGGAGCUGUCAGACCUUCUGAUAUUCAUAAUAUGAACAAUGGAAAGCUGAAAGAAGUUGUGAAUACAGUUGAAGGUCUACUGAAGUCUUUGGACGGUACUGUCGGCGCAAUAGAGGACAAACUUCUGAAAAUACAUACUGUUGUGGAGAGAUCGAAUGGAGUUGAGAGUUUGAGCCAGUUGGGUAAUGAGUACUUGGGAGAAGUGGUGAAGAUGAAAAACUUAAAAAAGAGCUUCAAUAGUUAUUAUAUAGCUAAAUUGGGAGACUUUCUUCAAAGUUCACAAGUUCUAGAAACGCAAUUGGACCCCGGACUUGUUCAAAACAAGUUAGAAGUGAUUAAGGCCAGUAUAACAGUAAUUAAAAGUAAGAAGUUCGCCGAUCUUGUUAGCUUGACCGGAUCGAAAGUGAUGGAAUCUUCGAUGAAAACGUUCACACCUCUUGUCAAUUUCCAUAGGAGUGUAAACACGUAUUUUGGUGAUGUUCAGAUUCUGCAGAAGAAUGACAGUGUUGAUGGAAAACUUAAACAAAUGAUUGCCAAUGCCCAAGCAAUUGGAUCUCUGAUUGACGCUGUGAAGAACAGUUCGUUGAAAUUCAACCAUUUGAAACAAGUGUUAGUUUCACGAAAACAAUGGAGUGCCCAGACGCUAUCAGCUCACACCCCUGGAUUUCCAAAUGGGUAUUCGGGAAUCGUAUCUCUCACUGACGAUCUGGCUGAUAAUUGGACAAAAAACAUGGUUGCGGGACAAGCUGAUAACUUGAUUAAAGCCCUAGAAUCGUUGAAAAACAUUGGGAAUAUUGCGAAAGAAGCGGACAACUUGUUAGGAAAAAGUUAUGAAGGUCUGGAAGAUGUCUCCGAUACGUUUUUAAAACUUUCUCAACUCUCUAGUGCUAAUACAACUGCGCUGGCUUCGAAGCUAUCUGAGAUUCAUGCAGCAAUUCAAGACAAGACAGUUAUUCCGAAGAAUACGGAGAACUAUGUCAAGCUCCACACAGAUAUCCGCCUAUUGUUCCAACAAUUGAAUGCAAUAGCCGAAGUCGCUGCUGUUUCAGUCGUUCUCACUUCUCAGGAAAACGACAAAAAGUUAGAAAACAUAAUGGCGUUGGCAGAAGUUGUAGAUGGCGACGAAAUGCUACAAAAACUAUCAGAAUUGAAGAAAAACAAGGACUAUCAAGAUAUUUGUCAGGUUUUGAGGAAUAUUAGUAAGUCAGUUGAACUACUAUCGGAAGGAGACGUUGUUGUGACGCCUGCUGAAGACAUUGUCAAAUCUUUUGGAGAGAUGGAAACGUAUGUGAAGGAUUCGGAUCGAUUCUUGAAUAUGUUGAAAGCAUUGAGAGGAAUCAAAGAAUUUGAGUAUCUCGCUUCUUUUGUGAAUGCUCGGAAAAGUUUUGACCUAAUCGAUACGGAUAAGGUGAAGAAGUUCAGUUCGGUGUCCGAUAACAUUGAAAAUGCUAAACCGAAGUUGAAAGAGUUAGAGAAGGCAAUGAAUGAUAUGAAUGGGUUUACAAGUUUCGAAUCGAAUGCGUUGACUCAGUUGGGAGAUUUAAAGAAAGAUUCAGAUACUCUCGGAUCGGCGACACGUGGAAUUUUAAAGAUUAAAAAAAGUAUCGAUGAGAAAGUUGACACUGUACCGCUGGAUUUCGCUGAGAUAAUGCUUCCAGAUGCGCUGGCAUCUACCAAAGUAAAACUUUCUAUUGAUGAAGAAAAUAGUGUAAUUAAAUUGAAAGGAUUGAGCGACCGGCUAAAAACUUCAUACAAAACGAUUGAGGAUUAUAUAACUUCAUUCCAGUCUUUGAAACCUGACAAACUUGCCGAUUACUCUGAUAUUUUCACAAAGGCUUCUUCUCUCCCAGAUAUUUCCGAAGACUUUCAUUCUAUGAUAUUUUCAACCGAGAAAUUAGCUUCAAGGGCUGACCCGUUAUAUCAAGCUUACCUGGUGGGUACUGUGAAAACCCUUCAAAAACUUGAUUCUCUGCAUUUGGACUUUUCCAAACACAGAAAAGACUUUGCUCUCGCCAAGGCUUCUCUCAACUCUCUGGAUCUCACAUUUGCAAAACUCCCUCAACUCUUCACUCCAACUACAACACCUGCAACAAUCACAAAGGCUCCGAGUGGAGGUCGAUCGAAUCCAUCGAAACCAGGUGGACAACAAUCCGGAGCACCUGGUGAUCCAAAUGUACCAGGAAGUCAGUCAGGAUCAGAAGAGGAAACAACUACCAAUACAACGCCUACAUGGCUAAUAAUCUUAUAUAUUCUCAUUCCUUUUUUCAUUAUCGGAGGGAUUGUAUCGAUCGUAAUUUACUGUUGUUGCUGGGGAAAAGUUUGUUGCAAAAAAGACAUUCCACCUCCUCCAGACGAUGUUAUUGUCGAUGGCAAACAUAAUAAUUCUAACAAGAAAGUCCCAAAUAAACCAGAAGAAACGACCAGUCAACCAGUGAAAAAGACAAAUACAGUACAAGAAAAGAAUGAUGGAAAUUCUAAAGAUAAGAUCAUCCCGAAAGAAGAUGACAAAUCGGAGAAAAAGACGGGCAAGAUCGAAGAACAGGUACCACUCCCUCCUCCCACGAUACUCCCAGAAGUUGGGUUGAAGUGGAUGCUUCGGUGUCAAUCGCAAAUAGACAAAAGUGUUUAUAAACCCCCUGUACCCUUGGACAUCCAGUAUCAGCAGGAAUUCUUGGAGUACGAUUCGGCAGGCAUGAAACCAUCUUAUCGUGAACCGUCUGGAAGUGAAAUAUUUGACAUGAUGCGAAUGGGUUUGGAGAAGCCUAUUGGACACAUGCAAAACACUCUUAGUACGAGUGACUUUGAUAUCGGCGAGGGCGAAAAGUACACAAUGGCAAAUGCUAUCGGACCUCCUUGGGAAGGACGCUGCUCCGACGGAUUCGGUGAUUGUACAAUAGGAACUCACUUCCGGAUGUUGCAGCAAACAGGUAUUCGACGUAUCUGUUGGACCUUUGACACUUUUCGAGGAGAUUGGAAAUCCGGCAAGUCAUUCAUUUCAAUACUAGUUGGAGAUGUUAAGGAGCAUAAGGAGUAG